UAAAAAGGAUCAAAAUGAUGAUGAUAGAAGGAGAGAAUUCAGGAUAACAGUCCUCCCUUUGCCUACAGUCAUGUGCUCUUGACUUUUGAAAAGCUGUUGAUUUUAUUUCUCCCCUUGAUGAAAAAUGUAUUUAAACUUAAAAAACAAGAAGGGCUGGGAAAACCUUCAUUUAAAAAGUGGCCUUGAGAAUUGGGAUAUGGCUCAGGAACUUGAACUGGCUACUACCACUGAUCAAGUUGCUGAAGGUAUGGAAAAAAAUCUCAGCAAAUACUUUCUACAUGAGCCAUACAAGCAUCGUUGGAGCAACUCUGUCACAGGAGAAGCAGUCCAGCCCCCUCUACCUAAGGAGCAAGAUGAAUCUGAUGUGCAGCCACACUUGUGGAUGUGGGUGAACCCCAACCUGGUUUGCCCCAUAACAGGGUACCUCAAUAAGGGAGUCCCAGGAAAACCAGUGCAUUUGGUAGCUCCUGCACCCAAGGCAGCUGUUACAAAACCUACUUCAGUAAAACCAAGGCCCCCAGUAGCUGCUGCCCUACAGACUUCCUCUGGACAAUGUGUUUCAGUGCCUCUAGUAACUGCUGCACCCAAGGUCUCCACUAGAAAAUAUAGUUCAGUAAAGGCAGUGGCUCUCAUCACUACUCUGCAGACUUCUCCUGUAGCCUCUGUUUCCAUACCCCCAUUGGCUGCUUCUGAUGCUGUGACCCUGCAGGCUUCCACAGUCAAGAAUGUUCCCAGAAAACCAGUGUUCCCUAUAUUAUUGGCAGCUGUUGCACCAAAGGUUUCUACUCCAGUAAAACCUGUACCCCCAGUAGCUGCUGCAUCCAAGGCUUCUAAUAGAAAACAUGCUUCAGGAAAGACAGUGCCCCCAGUAGCUGACACUAUGCAUGUUUGCGCGCACACACCAGGAAAAACCAUGUCCCUGGAAGCUGCAGCACUUGUGGACUCCUAUCAAAAGCCCAUCUUAAUUGCCUACAAGCAACUCUGUCCCAAGGAAGAGGUACUACUGUGGUCCAGCAAAGCAAAGUCCUGAGAUUGGUAUGAUCUAUGACUCCCACAGCCCUUGUGACCUGGAUGACUUGACACCUGCCCUUCAUCUCUUCUUUUCGCUAAACGAUGCUGACUUCAAAAUGGCCUUUGCCAGCAAGAGGCUAGUGAAGAUGGGCUUUGCAUGGAAAGCCACCCAACUUUCUUCUCACUCUCAUAUGGCAAACAAGUCAACUGCCACUUGAGUGCAGUCAUAUUACAUCUUAAACACAUCAGGCCUCUAUGGCCUGACUUACCUUCCCCUCCACACCCCCCUUCCCCCCCCCCCCACACCCUGCCCCCCUUUUCCACAGAACUAGUGGGCUCCUGCUGACUUCAAUGGGUGUGGGUGGUGCUGGACACCUGUUCCAGACUGUAUUUCAGGGCAGGUCUGACUAGUUUUGGUUUUGUUAAAUCUGUGCCAACAUAGUUAAAAGGAUUCGACACCCUAAUGUGUACACAUCUAAAAAUCUAUUUGUUUUGACUUAGCAGUAGUGAAACACUAGUGUGUUGAACUGAUCUAACCUGUGGGGGUUUUUUGUUUUGAUUUUUUCCCCCAAGGUGAUCUAGUUAAAUUGGUGACAAAACUGAUGGAAACAAGCCCCAGGUAGUCCUUCUACCUGUUCUCUCUUAGGGAGGGAAGCUGCCACUGUACUGGCUGGCACUACAGGCCUGAGCCUACAGUAGGGAUCAAAUAAAACUUUUUUUAAAACAUCACUUUAAAAUAAAGCUUAAGUCUGCAUCAUCUAUGAACUUGCCAGGCAUCUAUUAAAACUUCCCUUUCCUUUUAAUUCUGUAUUUCUAAUUCUUUAAGCAUUCCUUUCUGCAGCCUCUAUGCUUGUAUCCCUCUCUGGUUCCAUCUACCCAAACUCAAAGUGCUUUUGUUACAAAUGUCAAGUCUUUCACCUCUGGCAUAAGAAGUGUCACCUCUGUGCCUUAUCUGUAAGCUGGAUUAAAAGUGACUUGUCUGACAUCAUACAAGAAGUCUCUGGCAGAGCUAGAAAUAGAACCCAAGUAUCCAGAUAUUUGGACCUGUUGGCUAAGCACAGGACUUUGGCUCUACCUCUUGAAGGGUAGUUGCUUGUGAGGUUGUUAGUCACUAGAUCCAGUCUAGGCGUGCAGUAACAUGACUAGCUAAACAAAUCAAACCUCUAGCAUCAGCAAAUAUGGUCAUUGCCAAGGACAUGAAGUAGUCUGUAACCCCCACCCCAGGUAAAGCAUUGUAGAACUACCAGUUACAUGAUCAGAAUAGGGGAAUUUGCCUUCCUUGGCCAUGCUGGAGGCAGGAUAUAGGAAUAGAUGGUAUAUUGGUUAAUUUUAAUAGUAAAUUUGUAAGUGUUUCUUCCCCCCACCCCCCAUUGGAAAGAGGAUCAACCUCUACCUGCUGGCACUCAAA